CGUGGAAGGGAAGAGACAGAGAAGCCGCGACACUGUGCUUCCUCCCCCUGUCUCUGAGGAGGAGGAGCGGGAGGGGAGCGCCAGAGCCACUUAGGGCGAUGCGCCGCUGCGUGCGGGAUUGAGUCCUUGCGGAGCAUCCUCCGCGCAGCCUGAGAGCCGGGUGUGCGCCCGCUUGCCCGAGGAGGAUCCCCCCUUCCAACACCCGUGCUGCUGCCUCCUUGUUUCUCCAGCGCAGCCGCUCCUCGGACGAGGCGGCGGGCAGGUCCCCGAAGUGAAGGGAAAAUUCUGAAAUGCAGAAAAGUUUAUUUGCUGCUGCAAAUGGGAAUCUGGAAUAAUUAUGAAAAACACACUGAAGUAAUUGUGUUUGACUGGAACAAAAUUCUUGCAAAGUCCCCAAGGAUGAGAUUCUGUGCCAAAUCAAUGCUUCUAUCUGACUGGCUCUUUCUGGUCUAUGUGUUAAUGGUCUGCUGUAAAUUGUUGUCCGCCUCUAGCCACCAUCCACGGGGGUACACAGGCCAGCACCAAGUCAAGCAAGGGACAUGUGAAGUUGUGGCAGUGCAUCGUUGCUGCAAUAAGAACCGUAUUGAAGAACGAUCACAAACAGUCAAGUGUUCCUGCUUCCCGGGGCAGGUGGCAGGUACAACAAGGGCUCAGCCCUCGUGUGUGGAAGCUUCCAUUGUCCUACAGAAGUGGUGGUGUCAUAUGAACCCCUGUUUGGAUGGAGAGGACUGUAAAGUACUACCAGACUAUUCAGGUUGGUCUUGCAGCAGUGGAAAUAAAAUCAAAACCACAAAGGCAAGUACGGAGAUCACCUAUAUUUAA